AUGGAUGUGCCACAGAGAGACUGCCACUCCCACGCCUGUUCCUGUCACAGUUCGGCCAUCCAGGCCCUGCAGUCGGAGGUGUCCCAGCUGAAGAGAGACCUGAAGGAGGGGCUGGUCCAGCUGCCACACCUCUCCCAGAGGAUGGAUUACCUGACCUCCAGAUGCAGGCAGAACAGAGACAGAAGACCCAAGACCCGGCCCAGAACACACCACAAACCAGCAGGGAGCAGACAGAGUCUGACCAACACCAACUCCAAGAUAGAAGACUGGAUCUCCUCAGAUAUGAGCAAAGGUACAGACGGUGUGGAGUCGGACCGGUCUGGGAUCAUGCUACCAUUCCACAGUACACCACUAGGUGGCAGGAGAGGGAGCAGCAAGCCCUACUCCUGCUCAGAUGGACCAGUGAAACCCCAGAGUAGAAAACACUUGAAUACAGCAUCAGAGGAGAACCGUUCUCUGGAGACCUCCAAUCUCACCCAACCCAGUCCUCCAGCACUCUGGCACUCAUACAAGAACUUCAGCUACAGAUCUCCACCACCACCAGGUGACAUGGAGAAUGUCUACUCUAAGGGCAGGUAUCCUCUCUCCUCUCAGCCUCUACAGAAGCCUCUGUUGCAAGUCAACUAUGGCUCCUCCUGCAGUUUACCUGCAGGUUUCAAAGUGCGAGAGCAGCAGUCUGUCUCCCACCACCGGAGGCGCUCUACCCAGUCAGACUCAGCACUGCUGCCCAGCAACGUGUACUUUCAGCAGACCUUUCCCCCAGCUCUCAGCCCCCCCAGGACUGGGGUCAUAGCCAGCAGGCACAAAGCCAGCAGGGAUGAGGACAUCAACAGGACAUUGGACAGGGCUAUCGAGGCAGCCCGCAUUAUGAAGAGGACCACUGAUAGGAUGGCCAAGAGCCUGUCAGCUGACCUUGCCAAGGUUGAGCUGUACAGGAAGUUACACGGCCUUCACCCAUUGACAGGGAGGAACAAUACUGGCUCAUAACACUCUAAUUGACACACUGGAGAUACUGCUGCUACUAUAGGGCUGGUCCAGGAUUAGCUAACCAGUGAAUUCAGCAGGGAUUAUUUUGUAUACAGGUGAAGUCGGGAAGUUUACAUACACCUUAGCCAAAUACAUUUAAACUCAGUUUUUCACAAUUC